AUGGGACCUGAGGCUGUAGCAGCAUAUUUUCUCCUCUGCUGUUUCCUGGGAGUUAACGGUAUCGACUCAGAGAGAUUUAUCCAGACCAACAAAGACCUCGUCCUCGAUAUAAAGCCACCAGACAAAAAUGACACAUUUGACUGGAAAUUUAACCCCAGCAAAAAUAUAUCUCCUCCAACAGUCUCCAACCGUCUCCUCCAACAGUCUCCUCCAACAGUCUCCUCCAACAGUCUCCUCCAACAGUCUCCAACCGUCUCCUCCAACAGUCUCCUCCAACCGUCUCCUCCAACCGUCUCCUCCAACCGUCUCCUCCAACAGUCUCCAACAGUCACCUCCAACAGUCUCCUCCAACCGUCUCCUCCAAAAGUCUCCUCCAACAGUCUCCUCCAACAGUCUCCUCCAACAGUCUCCUCCAACAGUCUCCUCCAACCGUCUCCUCCAACAGUCUCCUCCAACAGUCUCCUCCAACAGUCUCCUCCAACCGUCUCCUCCAACAGUCUCCAACAGUCACCUCCAACAGUCUCCUCCAACCGUCUCCUCCAAAAGUCUCCUCCAACAGUCUCCUCCAACAGUCUCCUCCAACAGUCUCCUCCAACAGUCUCCUCCAACCGUCUCCUCCAACAGUCUCCUCCAACAGUCUCCUCCAACAGUCUCCUCCGACAGUCUCCUCCGACAGUCUCCUCCAACCGUCUCCUCCAACAGUCUCCUCCAACAGUCUCCCUGAACAGUCUCCUCCAACAGUCUCCUCCAACAGUCUCCUCCAACAGUCUCCUCCGACAGUCUCCUCCAACCGUCUCCUCCGACAGUCUCCUCCAACCGUCUCCUCCAACAGUCUCCUCCAACAGUCUCCUCCAACAGUCUCCUCCAACAGUCUCCUCCAACCGUCUCCUCCAACAGUCUCCUCCAACCAUCUCCUCCAACAGUCUCCUCCAACAGUCUCCUCCAACAGUCUCCUCCAACUGUCUCCUCCAACAGUCUCCUCCAACCGUCUCCUCCAACAGUCUCCUCCAACUGUCUCCUCCAACAGUCUCCUCCAACAGUCUCCUCCAACAGUCUCCUCCAACCGUCUCCUCCAACCGUCUCCUCCAACCGUCUCCUCCAACAGUCUCCUCCAACCGUCUCUCCUCCAACCGUCUCCUCCAACAGUCUCCUCCAACAGUCUCCUCCAACAGUCUCCUCCAACAGUCUCCUCCAACCGUCUCCUCCAACCGUCUCCUCCAACAGUCUCCUCCAACAGUCUCCUCCAACAGUCUCCUCCAACCAUCUCCUCCAACAGUCUCCUCCAACAGUCUCCUCCAACAGUCUCCUCCAACUGUCUCCUCCAACAGUCUCCUCCAACCGUCUCCUCCAACAGUCUCCUCCAACUGUCUCCUCCAACAGUCUCCUCCAACAGUCUCCUCCAACAGUCUCCUCCAACCGUCUCCUCCAACCGUCUCCUCCAACAGUCUCCUCCAACAGUCUCCUCCAACAGUCUCCUCCAACAGUCUCCUCCAACAGGAACCACAGUUUUACAGAUGA